GAUAGAAAUCACAUGGUGUGAUUUCAGAUUCUUAAAGAGAGAAAUACAGUAUGGUUUGCAAGAACUGAAUCCUAUAUGAUUUUUUAAUUCUCUGCUCUCUAUCAGUUAAAAAAAAAAAAAAAAAGCCCCUAAGCUUUUUACUGAUGCAAAUAAUGACAAUGUCACAUACCUCACAGGAUCACUUAAUCACAUCAUUUAAGCAUUAAAUGUAUACCAGGCUUAGCAACAUGCACAUGCAGUUUAAAUGUACUUAAAAGCAGUAAAGGCAGCAGUUGUGAAAUAGCCACAGUCAGUUUACGAAAGGUAAAAUAAGGUUUGAUUUAGUCAAGAGCAGUUUCUAGGAAGUCUCCUUGUCUUUAGACUGCUCAGUGUAUGGUUUCAGGAAGAGAUUCGUGAAUUCAUUGACUAUUUACCGAUCAUUUGAGAGGUUUAGGAUUUGGCCACUGAUGGUUGGGCAAAAAAGUGCAACCAGCAAAGGAUGUAGGAGCCGAAAGGGGAAGUCUAGGAUGACUCUGUGUGUCAGAACCAACCAGACUUUGAGGCUGAGGUUAGAGGAAAUUGAGAUACCCGUGGACAAGUAGAGAGUGUGCAAGUCCAUUUGAACAGGCAGUGUUUCCCAAGAAGCUGAGUUUUAGGCAAUGAAAAGAGCCUGGUAACAUACACCAAGCAAGCAGGAAGGAAUGCCAUGGUAAUUCUGAGGUGCUGAUGCUUUACAAUGCCUGAUCAAGACACAAAGGUGAAAAGCAUAGAGAAAGCAACUGAUAAGAAGCAACAGGGGACCACCACCAGGGACUAUUCAGAUCUUAAAAGACUCCGGUGCCUGUUGAACGUCCAGUCAAGCAAACAGCAGCUUCCAGCCAUUAACUUUGACAGUGCCCAAAGUAACAUGUCAAAGUCUGAUCCCACCAUCAAGACAGGGGGACAUAGAGCUCGUGGUCAAUGGCAUGAGUCCACAGAAGCAGUUGAACUUGAAAAUUUUAGUAUAAACUACAAGAAUGAGAGGAAUUUCAGCAAGCAUCCACAACAUCAGUUAUUUCAGGAGAUCUUUACGGCUCUGGUGAGAAACAGACUCAUAUGCAGAGAGUGGGUUAAUCGUGCCCCAUCCAUUCAUUUUCUGAGAGUAUUAAUUUGUCUGAGGCUGCUGAUGCGGGAUCCAUGUUAUCAGGAAAUACUCCAUAAAUUGGGUGGCAUUGAAGACCUCGCUCAGUACAUGGAGAUCGUGGCCAACGAGUACCUGGGCUAUGCCGAGGAGCAGCACUGUGUGGACAAGCUGGUCAACAUGACGUAUAUUUUCCAAAAACUUGCUGCUGUGAAAGACCAAAGAGAAUGGGUCACUUCAAGUGGAGCCCACAAGACAUUAGUGAAUUUACUUGGUGCCCGAGACACCAAUGUCCUGUUGGGUACUCUUCUGGCACUGGCUAGCUUAGCAGAGAGUCCAGAGUGUAGGGAGAAGAUCAGUGAACUCAACGUAGUAGAAAAUCUGUUGAUGAUUCUGCACGAAUAUGACUUACUCUCUAAAAGACUCACUGCCGAGCUCCUGCGCCUGCUUUGUGCUGAGCCCCCGGUGAAGGAGCAGGUAAAACUCUAUGAGGGGAUCCCCAUCCUGCUCAGCCUGCUCCAUUCUGACCACCUGAAGCUGCUAUGGAGUGUCGUCUGGAUUCUGGUCCAGGUGUGUGAGGACCCGGAGACCAGUGUGGAAAUCCGGAUCUGGGGUGGGAUCAAGCAGCUCCUUCAUAUUUUACAGGGAGACCGAAAUUUUGUUUCUGACCGGUCCUCCAUUGGAAGCCUGUCCAGUGCGAAUGCUGCCGGACGCAUCCAGCAGCUUCAUUUGUCAGAAGAUUUAAGCCCUGGGGAAAUCCAGGAAAAUACUGUCUCUCUCCAAGCAGCCUGCUGUGCUGCCCUCACCGAGUUGGCCCUCAAUGACACCAAUGCCCACCAAGUGGUUCAGGAAAAUGGUGUAUAUACAAUAGCAAAAUUAAUUUUACCAAAUAAACAAUCGAAUGCAGCAAAAACUAAUCUGCUACAGUGUUAUGCUUUCAGAACCCUGAGGUUUCUCUUCAGUAUGGAAAGGAAUAGGCCACUGUUUAAAAGACUUUUCCCCACCGACCUGUUUGAGACCUUCAUUGACAUAGGACAUUACGUUCGGGAUAUCGGUGCUUAUGCGGACUUGGUAUCACAGUUGAAUUUACUACUGGAAGACGAGCUGAAGCAGAUUGCCGAGAAUAUUGAAAGCAUCAACCAGAAGAAAGCACCCUUGAAGUACAUAGGUGACUACGCUCUGUUGGACCACCUCGGAAGUGGAGCGUUUGGCUGUGUUUAUAAGGUUAGAAAGCGUAGUGGUCAAAAUCUUUUAGCAAUGAAGGAGGUCAAUUUGCAUAACCCAGCAUUUGGAAAGGAUAAGAAAGACCGAGACAGCAGUGUGAAGAACAUUGUUUCUGAAUUAACAAUAAUUAAGGAGCAGCUUUAUCAUCCCAACGUUGUACGUUAUUAUAAGACAUUUUUGGAAAAUGACAGGUUGUAUAUUGUUAUGGAACUGAUAGAAGGAGCCCCACUCGGAGAGCACUUCAGUUCUUUGAAGGAAAAACAGCAGCAUUUCAGUGAAGAACGACUGUGGAAAAUAUUUAUACAGUUGUGCUUAGCUCUUCGGUACCUACACAAGGAGAAGAGGAUUGUUCACAGAGAUCUCACGCCAAACAACAUUAUGUUGGGAGAUAAGGACAAAGUGACAGUUACUGACUUUGGCCUGGCAAAGCAAAAGCAGGAAAGCAGUAAGCUCACGUCUGUGGUGGGAACCAUCCUCUAUUCUUGCCCAGAGGUCCUGAAGAGCGAGCCGUAUGGAGAGAAGGCUGAUGUCUGGGCUGCAGGCUGCAUCCUUUAUCAGAUGGCGACUUUGAAUCCUCCCUUCUGUAGCACCAACAUGCUCUCCUUGGCUACUAAAAUAGUAGAGGCUGUGUAUGAGCCAGUGCCAGAAGGUAUCUACUCUGAAAAAGUGACAGAGACCAUUAGAAGAUGCCUCACUCCUGAUGCAGAAGCUCGUCCAGAUAUUGUAGAAGUUAGUUCCAUGAUAUCAGAUAUCAUGAUGAAGUAUUUAGACAGCUUGUCCACAUCCCAGCUAGCCUUGGAGAGGAAACUGGAACGGGAGCGAAGGCGCACACAGAGAUAUUUCAUGGAAGCCAACAGGAAUGCUGUCAUGUGUCACCAUGAGCUAUCUCUGCUGUCCCAGGAGACCUUUGAGAAGGCAAGCCUGAGCAGCAGCAGCAGCGGGGCAGCCAGCCUGAAAAGUGAGCUUUCAGAGAGUGCAGAACUACCUGGGGAGGGCUGCCACAUCCCCUGUGGGAAGGAGGAGGACAGGGGCUGCGAGGAGGAACUGUCAGAGGACAACUUCCAGCUGGAGAGUGUGGAGAAAGACCUGUAUUCUGAACUCGAUGAGGAGCUGGACGUCUCGGACAACUGUAGCAGCUCCAGUUCAAGCCCCCUAAAGGAGUCUACAUUCAGCAUUUUAAAGAGAAGUUUCAGUGCUUCGGGAAGAGAAAGACAUUCACAAGCAAGGGACUUCAUUGGUGGACUAGGAUCAAGACCAAGACCAGCUUCUGCGGGCAUCGCUGUAUCCCAGCGGAAAGUGAGGCAGAUCUGCGACCCCAUCCAGCAGAUCCUGAUCCAGCUGCACAAAGUCAUCUACAUCACGCAGCUCCCUCCAGCUCUCCACCAUGAUCUGAAGAGAAGGGUUAUAGAAAGAUUCAAGAAGUCCCUGUUCAGCCAGCAGAGCAACCCCUGUAACCUGAAAUCCGAAAUCAGGAAGUUAUCACAGGGGUCUCCAGAACCUAUCGAACCGAACUUUCUUACCUCAGAUUACCACUUACUUCGCCAUUCAAGCACUGCAAAAAACUGGUCCCCAAGUGACCCCACAGGUCCAUCCAGCGGCCUUGAAGUGGAAGAGGGAAUCACAUAUGAGCAGAUGCAGACUGUGAUUGAAGAAGUCCUGGAGGAAAGUGGCUAUUACAACUUUACAACUAACAGAUCUUCUAGGUGUCACUCUUAUCCAUGGGGGACCAAGAGCUACACAGCCAAAAGAUGAGAAUCCUGCAUUGGAAAAAAAUGGAAUUUCCCAGUCAAGUUCAAGCUCCAGUUUUAGCCGUGAUGUGACAGCAAGAUGCCCAGGACUGGAUGCUGCUAGGACAGCAUAGGAAAGAGACACAGUGCCCCAAAAGUGCUCUUAUAGUCCUCUGAGGGUGUGAGCCACCCAGAGUGCUGGGCUCUGUCCCCAGUGUACAUUAUGGGCUCAAUAACAGGCUAUCAGUGUACUUCUGGGAGAAAACAUGGCAAAAUGGCUGCCAGGGUUGGGGUGGAGCAACAUCAGCACAGAGCGCAGAACUUCCCUCCAGGUCAACAUGAAAACGAUGUAUAUUCUUCAAAGGGACAUUUUAUAUUCAGGAUGGCUGAAACUAUGCUUAAAAGUAUGUAGUCUUCCAUGCACACAGAAUAGUUUUAGAUAAAAUAGUUAUAAAAUAUUAGGUGCAAAAUAUUAGGUAUUCCAUUGGGUUCCCACUUUUUAAUCUUAAAAGAAAUUCAGAAUAUAGUAGUUUAUAAAUGAAAUGAUUGGUUCUCUCUGAUCCACUUGGGUGCUAGAGGUUCUGGAACGUGACACAGUGUAGACAGUAUUGGUAACCUUGCACACAAGUAUGCAUACGUGGAUAGCAGCUAGACUAGUAGAGUCUAUUGCUGUUCAAUAUGUAUAUACAGGGAAGGAGGGAGGCUUGCUAAGGCUAGUGUUUGCUGCUAAUCAAGCUUGUGUCGUCUUUAGAUCAGGUUAAAGAAGUCAUAGACUGUGAAAGAGAUGACAGUUCUUAUUGUAGACCUACUAAAUUACCUGUGUGUAAGACAAGCAUUUACUGUUUGAGAAUUACCCAAAAGUUAUAAACCAAAAUAUAAAUUCCUUCUUUAUCCAUGAGAUAGCCCAAAAGGAAGUCAGAAUGUCAAUCUUAGAGGUGAGAAUAGCAUUCCACCUCUAUGCAGAGUGGAUUUACGAGGCCACUAAGCUCAAAUUCUUCUUCUUCAACUGGCUUCUGAUAACUCCAGUACAGGAUCCACCCAACCUGUACAUGUCUCCAUUUCAGAACAACUCAUUGCACAUAAUUAGCAAGUUGGAAGCUAUAAUUACAUGUUUAUCUUGCCAUCGGUUUUCGGGGUCUUUUAAUUACAUUGCUGCAUUUCAGCAUGAUGGAAUAGUGCAAUAUAUUGGCUGUCAUUAGAACACAGUAGGUCCUUCCUGAAUAGUAUGUAAAUCACAUAAUGUGCAGUCAUAUUAUUUCUUAGAAUUAGUGUGGUUAACAUUUACAUAACACCUCCACUCUCCUUGAUCAUACACAUACUAACUGAUACCUGUGAGGGUUACUGAUGAUUUUUUUGUCUUUAAGCCAAGAUAACAACGAAAAUACCUGUAGGUUUAAUUAUUAAAUAUAGUGAUGAAUUGUACAUUUUCAGCUUUUAAAAGAAUUCCAUCCAUAGAUGGAUCUCACAUAUGGAAUUCAAAUAUUAUUAUUGAUUCACUGAAACAAUGCUUUAUUUCUGUCUGCACAGUCUUCUUUUUUUUUUUUUUUUUUUUUUUUUUUUAGCUCAUCUGAUGCAUGGCAAGAGGCAGAGCCCUAGAGGGACAGACAUAGGCUUGAGUCAUGACAGAAUCCCCACAUAGAGGCACUAAGCUGUGGGGUGAAUGCUUAGAGAGGCAAAUUGUUUCUCAAAUGACAGUGCACAUAAAUAUACAAUAAUGGCAUCCGUUGCCUUGAUAAAGAAAAAAAAUUGAGGUAUUUUUUUAAAAUGAGUAUAGUCUACUGAGGAAAAGGUGAAAGAGAUACCUUUCUUUGUACCUCUUUUAGACCAUAGGAGUGGUAUUUAUUACAGAACAAUUAGAAAAAUUGUAAAAUUAGCAAAAUAAGCCAACACAUACCCCUGUAACAGCUGCUCAGGCCUAGCUGCACAGUAACUGGCUGUUCUCUGAAGGGAAAGUACGUGUGUGCUCCCCUUGCGUUCUCACCCCCGUACUCCCACUCCAGUCUCUGCAGUCAAAGAUGGCUUAUCCUCCAUGUAAGCACUGUCUGAGGAAGUCCUGUAAUACAGCCCUUCUCCUGCAACCGGAGUUAGCCUUUUCAGCGCUCUCACUCUGUGACCUUCAGACAGGAACAAGAGCAGCCAUUUUGUCUUGAUCAAUGUCUUUACUGCAAAGAAGUUGCUACUUGAGACUACGUGCCUCAUGAUCUCUUCUUGAUUGCAUUUAUAUUUUCUUUCUGUUUUGUAUAAUUUUUAAUGACUUGUUUUACAAUGAAACCCUGUGAAUUGUUGAAUCCAUCUCAUUCCAAGUGACUGAUUAUCCUAUGGGGUAGAAUUUGAAUUAAUCUCUUCAGAUAACUUUUGAUGCCCAAAUGCUUCAGCUAAUUAUGUUUUGACCCAGCAGCUCUCUCUGUUAAUCUGUACUUGAAACUUCAAUUCAUUCCUUAAAAGCAAAACACUCCAUUCUCAGGGAACUGAAUGCAGCAAAGAUUUUUUGGGGGGGGGAGGCAGGGCAUGUGACAAAUGUACAGUCUUUAAGGAAAUAAGGAAUGACAAGAAUUGUUAGAGCUAUUGCAGAAACCCAGAGAUGUGCUGUUGGCUUUCAUGUGGGCAUCUGUGUGGUACUCUAAUGUAGAACACCAAUGGGCUGCAGACCCACAAGACCAUGGGUUCUGUCCUCAGCAAGACAUGCGUGCGCGUGCGUAUGCAUGCGCCCCCCCCACAUUGGGGGACACUGUUAUCAAGUUUAUACAAAUAAAGGUCUUCCUACAUAAGUGCCACCUGAGACUCAUUAAAUGUAAUGAAUUUUAAUGCUCAGGGACAAAUAAGGAACUGGAUGAUGAUAUCUAGUUCCACUGAUAUCACCACCAAGUCACCACUUAUGUUUGAGAUUUAUAAAGGCAAUAAUAUCAGCUAGUGCAUUCUAUCAGUAUUAAUAAGCAUAGAACACACAUACAUGCCCUUUUGAAUCCCUCUCUCUCUCUGGAAUUACCUAAGCAAACAUGCUGUGUUCCUUUAGAAAUGCCCACAUCUUCUCUCUGUGUGCAAAGAUAGAAAGAGUUGAUUUGAAGCAGCUUUUACUGUUCACUUCCUACUUUUUGAAAAUGUUGGUUUCCAUGAGUACCAAAAUCACCUGCCAGGCAGUGCAAGGCCACCCGACAGCUGUCCAGCAGCUACUCAGCGUUCUAAGCAUGCAGCAGUAGAUGGAAACUGAAGGCUAUUACAUCCUGACCUUAACCCUGUAUGAGAUUCUGUCUGAAUAUUAGAUUCUUUGUGUUCAGGGCCUGGAUGUGAUCCAUAUAUGUUUGUUACCUUUUGGAUUGUGUUAAUGUCCUUUGGUGUAAGAUGACAACUUUGAAUACGUUGGUUUUAUGGUUACGAUGUUCUGCUAGCACACGCCACUGACUGUUGGAUGCUGUGAACCCACACGGAUGCUAAGACACGUGUCUCAAGGAAGCAACUUCCCGAAGAGACUUCCGUUAAUGUGCAUGUAGUAAAUGUGACUGUUAUAACUUCACUGCUGAUGUUAUUUUGACAUUUUUAAGAGGGACAGGGAAGAUUUUGCAUUUCUGAUUAGGUGACAGAUGGAUAUUUGUAGCUUAUGCAUCCUCUGGGCAAUAGUCAUUUGCAAAAGUGAGGAUGGUCUACCCUGAAGUCCCAGUAGCCUCUUCAUGUGGGAAGUCUACUGGAUUUCACAUCUGUGCAGCAUUUGGCUGAUCAUACUGAAAUGCUUAAGUUCGGAUCAUAUUAUAAAAAUGAUUUCACCUUAACUGAAAGUGGGAUAUUAUGUUCCUGAAAGCAAGAUGCUGCUCCCCUUUCUUUCAUUAUAUUCUGUGACGCCAGCUUCCCCUCUGUGUCUGUUGUGGUCAUAAAUAAGAAAAACACAUGAACAAUGGGGCUGCUACAUGAGCUAUUCCAGGUAGCUCAUCUGUUUUCCCUGCACGAGGUGUUUAAUCAUUAUGGAAAAUAAAGUCUCGAUGCCAUGUUGAUGACUAGCAGGCAAGAUGGCUGCUUGGAAUUGACAUGGAAUGGUCACUAGGGAACACUUAGAUAAGUAUUGGAAAAUACGGCAGGAACAAACUGUCCCCCAAAACAAAGAGAGUCUAUACCAGGAACAAUAAUCUGAGGAAGGCAGUGCUUAAGGGCUCACUGCUUGGCCAUUCACUGAGGGCCUCUUACUGAAUGUGUUAUUCCACCAUUCAGCUCCAUAUGCUGAGUGCCAUUGGAGCCAAGGUUCUAAGAGAGAAUUUAAGAGGUGGAAGUGCUCUUAAGUUUUAGCUAAAUCCCUGACAUUCCCUGUCCUGUUUGCCUCACACUUCAGUGUAUCGAGCAGGAAUAGUACUCUUUAGGGAGCUUCAUGUUAUGACAGAACAUAGUGUUUGUGGGGACCCAGAAGUUCUGCCUUGUAAAGCUGACAGAUUUCCCAAGGAAGUUAGUCAAUUCCCAAACACAAUCUUGCUUUCAGUAGUUGGAGAGCACAAAGUUCCCAGGGCAGGGCAGGUAUCACCCAGAGGUGCCUCACUGGGGAGCAGUUGAUCAGAAGCGCAAGUGAUCCCUGCCGUUGGGUCUCCUGGAACUAGUAGCUGGGCACAGUCACAGCAAGCUGGCCUGUCAGACAUUAGCAGGGCUCCAUUGUGGUCUCAUGACCUGUGAGGUCCCUGUGAGGCGGAGAGGCAUUGAGCUCCAUGUAGAGCUGCUACUGUGGGCCUUGGUGCCAGGGACUGAGCUCCGAGAGCAUGGCACAAACUGUUCAAAUACUCUGUUGCUCAACCAGAAACAGGCCCCAAAGCAGCAGUUUUAUCUGCCUGUAAGUCAACAUGGCUGCAUCCCAGGGGCCUUGUUUUCUUCCCCAUCUUCCAACCCAGGCUCAUUUUGUAUGAUAAUAAAAUUUUUACAAAGCAAUUUGUGAAGAAUUUGAAUGGGUAAAUGUGGGGAUGUGCGAACACGGUUGCUCCGUGUGACUGAGCAAGGGAUGCUAAAGUUAUUUUCAUGAUUUGUCAGUAGCCUGCAUGGUGACUAGCUAUGGAAAGACCCCAUUAUCUUCUUCUUCCAAACUGGGAAACAGAAAUCAUAUAGAAGAAAAAUCAUUUCAGUAUUUUGCUUGCGGACAUUUAGUAGGCACGAUCUGAAUUGAAAGGCUUCUUGGCUUCUAUGGUUUCCAGUGGUGACUAGGGGAGAUCAAAAAGAUCAGUGCUGUCCUCUGAGAGGAAGUGGAGCCUCAAUUUUUUCUCCUGCUGCACAGAUUUGUUUUCUAGAUGUGCCCACAACAGACAAAAAUCCUCCCAGUGUGUCUUCUUAGUUUUGAGGUAGGGUCGUGUUUUGUCCUAGCACCUCUCAUUCAGGUCACCCACAUUUUGCAAGCCCUCAAUGCCCCCAUCUUUACCCACAGAAGAGACUAUGACUCUCCCAAAGGGGGCCUGCAUUUUAGAGGGACACCAGUGAUACAAUGGCAGAAAGUGUGUCCAUCGGCUGCUCCGGAAAGCUCUCUAUGAACACAGUGAGUCUCUAAGGCAGAUACAUAGUUACAGGCUGAAAAAAGGAAAUAGAUGCCUCUAUAGAGGAUUCACCUGAAAGUUGAAAGCAUGUUAUUUUUUUCUGCUAUUGUGUAAAUGUGCUUUGUAAAAUGCUAAAGAAAAUAAAAAUGUAUUUUCAAAUUA